GAGGGUCUGAUGCGCUAGGGGUCUGGGGAGGGGGCUGAUUCGUUAGAAGAAAUUGAUUUACCUAGCUUUAAGUCAUCAUCUCAUAUAAAUUUUAAAUGAUAUGUUUUAUUGAAUAUGUUACAGAAGCACUGUGAUUAUGGAUCGUAGUUGGAUAAAUUCUAGACGGACUAAUGUUGAGUAUGAAAAUGGAGUGCAAGAGUUUCUAGAAUUUGCCCAGAAAAAUCUUCCUGACAGUAAUAAUAAAUUUUAUUGUUCAUGUGUUAAAUGCAUAAACUUGCGACAACUGCAUGUUGAGCUUAUACGAGAGCAUCUUUUUUGUGAUGGAUUUUGUAAAAGCUAUACAGAGUGGAUUAGGCAUGGUGAGUCAGUUGAAAUGCCAAGUAUGUCUUCACACAAGGAGAAAGUUCGUGGUGAUACGUAUGAUCAUAUGGAUGACAUGAUACGUGAUUUCGGUGUUGAGUCAUUCGCACGAGCGCAUUCAUAUAUAUCUACAAGAUUAAAUGAAGGCGGAAAACAAUGUUAUUUGGCUCUUUAUUACUACCAGAAUCGUUGGCAGCUCUUUAUUCUCUCUCCUGUCCAAAACACUAUUGUCUUCUUGUCUUCUUUGGGGAAUAAGCCAAAUAGACAAUUCAAAAAUAUUAUUGAUGCUGCAAUGGAGGCAAGCUAGACGUAGGCUCAACUCAAGAAAGGGAAGAGUUAAAUGGAUUAUUCCUAUGGUAAAUAUACUUACUACUUUACUUUGUAUGUUAUUUUUACUUUCAUUUGUGUAGCACCAAGUCGAAUACCGUAAUUCCUGAUUAGUAAUUAUGUUAUUGUUCUAACUUGUAGUCUCGAAUGUAAGUUGUUAGUUAUGAAUGUGGUUAUUAUGUUAUGUUGCAUAUGUUGAAUAUUGUUUCGGCAGUAAUUCUUGAAAUGUGGGAUGAGGUACAUUAUUAUUUUAUUUACUUUCAAUAGGUUUGCUCCAUGUAAUGUUUUUUAAUAACUUUCUUAUUUAAUUUGUAGUGAUUCGCCAAUCCGGAACCAUUCUCAUCAGAAGAGAUUGAUGAAGUACGAACUCGUUGGGCAUCAUAUUUCUUAGAAAUGACGCAAUCCAUCAACGACACAUGAAGAACGUGUUUGUUUAAGUUUUUGAGUGAUGAUGAGACUUGUAACUUUAUACAAUGUGAUAUUACUCUAGACUUGUGCAAAGAUUGUUAUGUACUAAGUUGUUACUUGAACUUGUUUGACAUUUGUGGAAGAAUUAAAAAAUAGCUUCUGUUAUUGUUUUAGAUGGAUAAA